CCCUCGUGUCGCACAUGGCCGCCGCUGGUCCUUUUUGUCUGGGGAACACAAUAAAACGACUCAAGACUGCUGCAGCUGUAUUGUCCAUUAAGAAUUACAACAGCACAUUCAGCUCUUGUCAUCAUUUGAAAACAAGAAGAAAGGCUCAUGAUAAGCUUUGCGACUAGAAGUUGUGCUAGGAUCCCGCCACUCCCUGCCUUUACGGGAGCUAGGAGAAGCAUAGCUAGUAAAAGAAGCGAUUUGACGGACUCCAGGCGCAUCAUAGUGAAGCUGGGCUCGGCUGUCAUUACAAGAGAAGAUGGCUGUGGGCUUGCUCUUGGCAGACUAGCAUCAAUCAUUGAGCAGGUCUCAUGGCUGCAUAGCAAUGGUAAAGAGUUGAUUAUGAUUACUAGCGGGGCUGUUGCUUUUGGUCGUCAGCGUUUGCAACAGGAGCAACUCCUCUCCCAGACUAUGCGCUCAACUCUAGCUCCGAUCAUGUAUCAGAAGACAUCGCAUUAUGUUCCUCAGCCUCAGGCUUGUGCAGCUGUGGGUCAGGCUGGACUUAUGACGCUCUAUGAGUCAAUGUUUGCUCAAUAUGGAGUCUCUUGUGCUCAGGUAUUAUUAACAGGUCAGGAGGUUGUUAGUUUAAGCGAGAGAAGAGGUCUAACGAAUACGAUGAAUGAUUUACUUGAGAUGAGAAUGAUUCCGAUCAUCAAUGGGAACGAUGUUGUAGCUCCACCCAAAGGCGGAGCUAUUCCGGACAAUGAUCAAUUAGCUGCUGAACUAGCUAUUGCCCUCAAAGCCAACCUAUUGAUAUUACUCUCGGACGUGGAUGGACUCUACAGUGGGCCACCCAGUGAUCCGGGUAGCAGACUGCUGAGGACUCAUUUCGUUAUUAAUAGUAACAAUAAGGAUGAUGAGGGAUAUACUAAUGGAGGGGCUGGUCACUCUAUUCAGUUCUGGGAUAAGAAGUCGAGUGUUGGUAGAGGAGGAAUGCAGAGCAAAUUGAAAUCAGCUGAAAAGGCAGUAAAUGAAGGCGGCACUGCUGUUGUUAUUAUGAACGGACGUCGUCAAGGAGAGGGUAUAUUGGACGUAGUUCGUGGUCGAUUGAUAGGUACACUGGUAACACGGUCAACUGGCGAAGAGACCGUCACUCAACCAGCCGAACUCAUGACUUUACAAGCUCGUAGAGGCAGCAAUACUCUAAUGCAACUUUCAACAGAACAAAGAGGGGAGGUCCUAAGGAAGUUAGCUGAUCUAUUGGAUGAGAGAUGGAAAGAGAUUGAGGGUGCCAACAGGAAAGACAUCGAUGCUGUUGCUGCAUCACUUUCUCCUUCACUGAAGUCACGGCUCUUCUUAUCAAGGACAAAGCUAGACUCAUUAAUUGCUGGUCUACAUCAGCUAGCUGAUAGUAUAUCUGAUAAAGAUGCUGUGAGAGAAGAAGUGAAGAAGAUUUUAGUAAUGGAUGGAUUGGAGCUGGUCCAGGAGAGGGUUCCAAUGGGGGUACUCCUUGUGAUAUUUGAGUCGAGACCCGAUUGUUUACCUCAAAUAUCAGGACUAUCCAUUGCAACUGCUAAUGGUCUCCUUCUUAAAGGUGGUAGUGAAGCUAAAUACACCAAUCACUGCCUGCACAAGCUUGUACAGGAGGCACUAUCACUCUACGACUGUCCUUUUGCUGUCCAGCUGGUUGAUGGCAGGGAGGAAGUGAGUGAGCUCCUCUCAUUAGAGGGUAAAAUUGAUUUGGUUAUACCACGUGGAUCCAACGAGUUGGUCAAAUCGAUAGAGAACCAAUCGAUGGGGAAGAUACCAGUCCUGGGCCACUCCGAGGGAAUAUGCUCAAUUUAUGUGGACAGGUUUGCCGAUAAGGAGAAAGCUAUUAAAGUUGUUGUUGAUAGUAAGUGUAAUUAUCCAGCUGCUUGUAAUUCAAUGGAGAACCUCUUCAUUCAUCGUGACCUUGUUGGUAAAGAUUUAUUUCACAGGCUCAUCGCUACCCUCAGAGACUAUAAGGUCAAGUUUUACCCAGGUCCUAAAAUGGCAUCACUGCUACCCUUCCCGGAGACAGGGGGUGUGUCCCAGCUCCGUAAAGAGUACAGUGGGCUGGAGUGCUCUGUGGAGAUAGUCAAUAACUUACAGGAGGCCAUAGACCUCAUUAAUAUUCAUGGCUCCGCCCAUACUGACUCUAUUGUAACUGAAGACAUGAACGUGGCUGAGAGGUUUCUCCAACAAGUGGACAGUGCUUGUGUUUUUCACAAUGUUAGCACCAGAUUUGCCGACGGCUAUAGGUUCGGUUUAGGUGCUGAAGUUGGCAUAAGCACAGGUCGGAUUCACGCCCGCGGUCCCGUGGGGAUGGACGGUCUAUUAACAACAAAAUGGCUGCUAAGAGGCAACGGACAUAUAGUUGAGGGACUUACCGAUGACAUGUAUAUUCAUGAAGACCUUCGUAAACCUCCACCGCCAGAAAUGGAGGAGGAGGAGACUCAUGAUGAAGAAUACGUCCAACAUACCAAAGAAUAGCUUUUCUCACUUAUAUAUCAACUGAUCAGUCUUUAAUCAUUCCUUGCUCGUAGAUUAAAAAAUAUUUUCAACUUUAAUUCAUCACUAUGACUGUGAUGGCCUUUUUCAGUAGCAUAUGGUUUUAUAUCAUUGUACACAGUUUAGUGAUUGAACUACAACUUGUUAACUUAAUUUCUACAUAAAUUUUAUUAAGUAUUGUUUUGUUUGUGCUUCUAAGUUGAAUAUUAUAAUA